UUCACUCCUUCGGUCCUGGCUUCGAUUUGUCGAGUUCCGCAAGAGUAAGAGUGUAGAUCUUUCCACCCUUGACGGCAUCAUAGCGGCAGAAGUUCUUAUCCUGGCAAGAAUCCUCAGCAUCCUUAACAUCUUCAGCGAUAUCAGCCCUCAGUUGUUUGUCAACACAGUUCUUCUCAUUAUUGUCGUCAGCUUGGGCUGGAGAUAUAAACAACUAUGUGAAUCAGCAGUUCACUCAACAAUGCAUUAA